AUGACAGCACCUGCGCCGAAUCCACGCCACGGACCAUCGCUACGACCACCGUUACGACCAUCGCUACGACCACCGUUCACGACCAUCGCUACGACCACCGUUACGACCACCACUACGACCAUCGCCACGGCCACGACCACCACCGCGACCAUCGCCACGACCACGCCACGACACCACCGCGACCAUCGCCACGCAACCACCGCGACCAUCGCACGACCCACCGCCCACGACCACCACCGCGACCAUCGCGACCACCGACACACCGCGACCAUUCGCACGACCACCGCCACGACCACCACGCGACCACCGCCACGAUCCACCACCGCGACCUCGCUACGACCAUCGCUAGACCACCGCCACGACCAUCGCUACGACGACCACGCGACCAUCGCUAGACCAUCGCCUGCGGACCAUCGCUACGACCACCUACGACCAUCGCUACGACCACCGCUACGACGCUACGACCACCGCCACGACCACGACGACGGACACCGCGACCAUCGCUCGACAUCGCUAAGACCAUCGCUUACGACCACCGUUUACGACACGCACGACCAUCAUCGCCAUCGCUACGACCACCACCACGCGACCAUCGCUACGCCUACGACCAUCGCUACGACCACGCAGACCACGCCACGACCACUGCCACGACCACCGCCACAAACAACCGGCCACGUCCACCGUUACGACCACUGCCACGACCAUCCCCUACGACAUUACCAACCGCUACGCCCAACACCACGACCAUCCCUACGACCACGUUACGCCCAACACCACGACCAUCGCUACGACCACCGCUCACGCCAACACAACGACCAUCGCUACGACAACCGACCACCGCUACGCCCCAACACACGACCACGCUACGACCACCACCACACCAUCUACGACCACCGCUACGCCCAACACCACGACCACCGCUACGCCCACACCACGACCAUCCUACGCGCUACGCCCAACACCACGACCAUCCCUACGACCACCGCUACGCCCGAACACACCAUCGCUACGACCACGCUACGACCAACAUCGACCCUACGACCACCGCUACUCACGACCACCGCUCCGACUGCUACGACCACCACAACCACCACAGAGACGACCGGACGCCAUCUCUCACCGGGAAGAACAGGAAGGAAAAAUAUAACGACCCCGAAACGACGACCUCCUCCGCGAUAA